AUGAGCAUGAUGUCGAUGUUCGUGCCGACGGAGCUGACGCCUCUGCGCACCAAGAUCGGGGAGGGCGUGUCCUACACGGUGCAGAAGACCGUGGGCUUCUGGGAGGAGUUUGCUGACUUCUUGGGGCGAAGCUCGGUGGCCGAGCUCGCCAUCGGUAUCGUCAUCGGCACUGCCUUUCAAGUCCUCAUUAAUUCCCUAAUGAGCGACAUCCUUCUGCCACCAACGCUUGGCGUGAUCCUCGGGGCCAACUUUGUGAACCUGUUCUACCUGCUCAAGUCGGGCAAGAAUGGACCCAGCUACGCCACCGUGUCUGAUGCCCAGAGCGAUGGCGCCAUCACCAUCAACUAUGGGCGGUUUCUGCAGUUGUUGGUGAGCUUCCUCGCGGUGGUGGUGAUGCUCUUCAUCAUCGUCAAGAUCCUGCAGGAGGUCCACAACCACGUCUCGUGGCGCCGAAAGUGGCAAGAGUGUCCGUUCUGCUGUACUCGGAUCAGCUCACGCGCCGUUCGCUGCCCCUUCUGCACCUCUCACAUCCCGCCCACUCCCCCAGAAGCGCCUCAGGUGAGCACGUACGGACUCGAUGUCGACCGACAUUCGGUGUCGUUCGACCCGAGGGAACGAGAGGGAGGCGGAGGCGGGGGCGGGCUCGGAGUGGCCGAUCACCACUACCGCCUUCGGGGCAAGCAGGCGCACAACGGCAAACAGAACAAGCUGCCGGCGGCGCCCAUCCCCGACUUCGAGACCUACACGCGCUCGGCCGACCCGAUCGGGUUGGGCGCACCCAUCGGCCACGGCCAAGGAGUCAUGCUCAUGUGA